GCUAAGAUCUUAGUCCUCCUCAUUCGCAACAUCUUCAAGAAUUCCAUUAAAAGUCUCAUCAUAUAUCAAUUCCAAAACAUUUCAUAAUUAAUGGCUUCCAAUUUGGAGAACUUCACACAUUAUAUCAUAAUCGUUGUGUUCCCAGUAUUCGGUUUCUUUUUGUUAUGCAUGGCUUUGUUUGCGCUACACUGCUACUUAAAGAAGAAGAAGAACAAAACAACAUUGGUCGAAGAAACAGAAGCUAAGCACGUCGAUGAGAAUAUGAGAGUUAAAGAAAAUAUUGUUAAAGGCCCCCAUGGACAACCGGAGAGUGUGAUGUUAUCAGUGGAGGAAGACUUGCAUGUAGAUGAUGACAUUAUUAGGAAAAAGAAAGAGUUAGAAGCUCAAAGGAAUAUGCAUGCUUCUUCUUCAGGAUAUAGUCAAAGCUAGACGUGUGGAGCAUCAAGUCAUGGUUUCAAUUAUAUAAAAUAAAGACAAAGUAUGAAAAAAUUGUCAUAUCAAAAUAUUAAUUUUCUUUGUUUUAGUGUCAAUUUGUUAACGUGCAAAUAUAAGAUCUAUGUUGAUGAUGAUUAUUUA